AUGCCGGAGGCUAAACCAGCAGCUAAAAAAGCCCCCAAAGGCAAAGAUGCUCCCAAACAAGAGCCCCCUAAGCAGGCUCCUGCAGAGCCUCCCAAAGAGGCCCCACCUGAGGACCAGUCCCCCACUGCAGAGGAGCCCACAGGCGUCUUCCUGAAAAAGCCAGACUCUGUGUCAGUGGAGGCUGGGAAGGAUACAGUGAUCACUGCCAAGGUGAAUGGGAAGGAGCUUCCCGCCAAGCCAACCAUCAAGUGGUUCAAAGGGAAGUGGCAGGAGCUGAGCAGCAAGAGUGGAACCCGAUUUGCCUUCAAGGAGUCACACGACUCUGCCAGCAAUGUAUACACCGUGGAGCUGCACAUUGGGAAAGUGGUCUUGGGGGACCGUGGAGAUUACCGCCUCGAGGUCAAAGCCAAGGACGCCUGUGACAGCUGUGGCUUCAACAUCGAUGUGGAGGCACCCCGUCAGGACUCCUCUGGCCAGAGCCUAGAGAGCUUCAAGCGUUCGGGUGAAGGGAAGUCGGAUGAUGCUGGUGAGCUGGAUUUCAGUGGCUUGUUGAAGAAGAGGGAAAUAGUCGAGGAAGAGAAGAAGAAAAAGAAAGACGAUGAUGACCUGGGCAUCCCCCCAGAGAUCUGGGAGCUCCUGAAAGGGGCAAAGAAGAGCGAGUAUGAGAAGAUCGCCUUUCAGUAUGGCAUCACUGACCUCCGAGGCAUGCUGAAGCGGCUCAAGAAGGCCAAGGUCGAGGUCAAGAAGAGCGCAGCCUUCACAAAGAAACUGGACCCAGCCUACUAUGUGGACAGGGGCAACAAGAUCAAGUUGAUGGUGGAGAUCAGUGAUCCAGAUCUUCCUCUCAAAUGGUUUAAGAAUGGCCAAGAGAUCAAACCAAGCAGCAAGUAUGUGUUUGAGAAUGUUGGGAAGAAGCGAAUUCUCACCAUCAACAAAUGCACACUGGCAGAUGAUGCUGCGUAUGAGGUGGCCGUCAAAGACGAGAAGUGCUUCACUGAGCUCUUUGUCAAAGAGCCUCCAGUGCUGAUCGUCACUCCCCUGGAGGACCAGCAGGUGUUUGUGGGGGAUCGAGUGGAGAUGUCAGUAGAGGUGUCUGAAGAGGGCGCCCAGCUCAAGUGGAUGAAAGAUGGUGUGGAGCUGACGCGGGAAGACGCCUACCAGGCCAGGUACCGCUUCAAGAAAGACGGGAAGCGUCACAUACUCAUCUUCUCAGAUGUCACCAAGGAGGAAGGGGGUCGCUACCAGGUCAUAACCAAUGGUGGCCAGUGUGAGGCUGACCUAAUUGUGGAAGAGAAACAGCUGGAGGUGCUGCAGGACAUUGCAGACCUGACUGUGAAGGCCUCAGAACAGGCUGUGUUCAAGUGUGAGGUGUCUGACGAGAAGGUGACGGGCAAGUGGUACAAAAAUGGAGUGGAAGUGCGACCCAGCAAGAGGAUCACCAUCUCCCACGUGGGCAGAAUCCACAAACUGGUAAUUGAUGAUGUCCGCCCAGAAGAUGAGGGAGACUACACAUUUGUACCUGAUGGCUAUGCCCUGUCGCUCUCAGCCAAGCUCAACUUCCUGGAGAUCAAGGUGGAGUAUGUUCCUAAGCAAGAACCCCCAAAGAUCCACUUGGACUGCUCAGGGAAGACCGCAGAGAAUGCUCUUGUGGUUGUGGCUGGAAAUAAGCUGAGGCUGGACGUGGCCAUCACAGGGGAGCCCCUUCCAGUUGCCACCUGGCUGAAGGGAGAUGAGGUGUUCUCGGCCACCGAGGGCAGGGUGCGUAUCGAGCAGAGGCCGGACUGCAGCAGCUUCGUGAUUGAGAGCGCUGAGCGGGCUGAUGAAGGCCGCUACACCAUCAAAGUCACCAACCCCGUGGGCGAGGAUGUGGCCACCAUCUUCCUACGGGUUGUGGACGUCCCUGACCCUCCUGAGGCUGUGCGUGUCACCUCAGUUGGAGAGGACUGGGCCAUUCUGGUCUGGGAACCACCAAAGUAUGAUGGAGGACAGCCGGUCACUGGUUAUCUGCUGGAGCGGAAGAAGAAGGGCUCCCAGCGCUGGAUGAAGCUGAACUUUGAGGUCUUCACGGAAACAACCUAUGAGUCCACCAAGAUGAUUGAGGGUGUCCUCUAUGAGAUGAGGGUCUUUGCUGUCAAUGCCAUUGGCGUCUCCCAGCCCAGCAUGAACACCAAGCCCUUCAUGCCCAUUGCUCCCACAAGUCAGCCCCGGCACCUCACUGUGGAGGACGUGACAGACACCACCACCACACUCAAGUGGCGGCCUCCAGACCGCAUCGGGGCGGGCGGCAUCGAUGGCUACCUGAUCGAGUACUGCCUGGAAGGCUCUGAAGAAUGGAUUCCUGCCAACAAAGAGCCUGUGGAGAGAUGUGGUUUCACUGUCAAGAAUCUCCCAACGGGAGCCAGGAUCCUCUUCCGGGUUGUUGGGGUCAACAUUGCAGGGCGCAGUGAGCCUGCCACACUAGUUCAACCAGUGACCAUCCGGGAGAUUGUGGAGCAACCGAAGAUCCGCCUCCCCCGUCACCUGCGCCAGACUUAUAUCCGCAAAGUGGGGGAGGCCAUCAACCUUGUCAUCCCCUUCCAGGGCAAGCCCCGGCCACAGGUGGUGUGGACAAAGGGUGGCGCACCCGUGGACACCUCCCGUGUUCAUGUGCGCACCAGCGACCUCGACACAGUGUUCUUUGUGCGCCAGGCAGCGCGCUCGGAUUCCGGAGAGUACGAGCUGAGUGUGGAGAUUGAGAAUAUGAAGGACACAGCCACCAUCCGCAUCCAGGUCGUGGAAAAAGCAGGGCCGGCAGAGAAUGUGAUGGUGAAGGAAGUGUGGGGUACCAAUGCACUGGUGGAGUGGCAGCCACCCAAGGAUGAUGGAAACAGCGAGAUCACAGGGUACUUUGUCCAGAAGGCUGACAAGAAGACCAUGGAGUGGUUCACUGUCUAUGAGCACAACCGGCACACGAGCUGUACCGUGUCUGACCUCAUUGUGGGUAAUGAGUACUACUUCCGGGUGUUCACGGAGAACAUCUGUGGGCUCAGUGACUCUCCUGGGGUCUCCAAGAACACAGCCCACAUCCUCAAGACAGGAAUCACCUUGAAACCAUUUGAAUAUAAGGAGCAUGACUUCCGCAUGGCCCCCAAGUUCCUGACACCAUUGAUGGACCGUGUGGUGGUGGCUGGGUAUUCUGCAGCCCUCAACUGUGCCGUCAGAGGAAACCCGAAGCCAAAAGUGGUGUGGAUGAAGAACAAGAUGGAGAUCCACGAAGAUCCCAAGUUCCUCAUAACCAACUACCAAGGAAUCCUGACACUGAAUAUCCGCCGGCCCUCGCCCUUUGACGCGGGGACCUAUUCCUGCCGUGCCUUCAACGAGCUGGGUGAAGCCCUGGCCGAGUGCAAGCUGGAUGUCCGAGGUGAGAGGGAGCGCCUCCCAGUGCUGCCUGCCUGGCCUCAGCCUACUCAGAAGUCCAAGUGGGGGAAUCCAGAUGUAGAGGAGUCCGGCCUAGGCCCUCAGCUUACUUUUAUCUCCUAA